CCUCGCCUGGAGCGAUCUGUCUCCGGGGAAGCGCUCUCGGGCUUGUGCUUGGCCCAGCCGGAGAGGGCUGGGGGAGCAGCCCAGCUCUGGCCGCUCUGCUGCCUCGUAGCAGAUCUGCUGCAACCGGCGACAUCCCCUCUCUGCCGCUGUCCUGGCGCUCUGGGGCAAGAGCAGCCGGGGGAAAUGGGAAGGGAUUGUAAAAUCAGGGCUUGUCAUUUAUUUUCAGCUGAUUCUUCUUAAACGCUUCUCCGGGCGCGCUGGGCUGAAGUCCCAGGUCUUCACGUGGAUGCUGCGCUCGUGAAGCAUCCUCCCCCCCACAUUCGAGGCAGAUCUUGCCUCGGUCAGGCUUUGAGGACAAAAAAAGUCUUGUCCCCGUGGGUCAGGAGCUUGACGAGCUGGACUGCCCCGGGUAAGACGAGGAGGCAGUGUUGGAGAAGUGUGAAGAACAGGGGAACUACACUAAAGAAACAAACAGAGGAGAGGCUGCAUAACACAAGUGCAUUUUUGAACAAGUUGUUACAAUGGAUAUGAACACUAUUCUCUCUUCUGGUGAACUUUUGAUAAAUGGACACUGACAUGGACUACGAAAGACCCAAUGUUGAAAUCAUAAAAUGUGUGGUGGUUGGUGAUAAUGCAGUGGGGAAGACUCGCUUAAUUUGUGCAAGAGCAUGCAAUACAACCUUGACACAGUACCAGCUGCUGGCAACUCAUGUACCAACCGUCUGGGCAAUUGAUCAGUACCGCGUCUGCCAAGAGGUCCUUGAACGUUCACGGGAUGUUGUUGAUGAAGUAAGUGUUUCCCUCAGGCUCUGGGAUACAUUCGGUGACCACCACAAAGACAGACGUUUUGCUUAUGGAAGGUCUGAUGUAGUUGUUCUGUGUUUUUCAAUUGCUAAUCUUAAUUCUCUGAAUCAUGUGAAAACAAUGUGGUAUCAAGAAAUCAAGCACUUCUGUCCUCGCACACCUGUUAUUCUGGUUGGCUGCCAGCUAGAUCUCCGUUAUGCUGAUCUUGAAGCUGUUAAUAGAGCCAGACGGCCUUUAGCAAGGCCUAUAAAAAGGGGAGACAUUUUACCACCAGAAAGAGGCAGAGAGGUUGCCAAGGAGCUUGGUAUCCCAUAUUAUGAAACCAGUGUAUUUGACCAGUUUGGAAUUAAGGAUGUUUUUGAUAAUGCGAUUAGAGCUGCACUGAUCUCCAGAAGACACCUGCAGUUCUGGAAAUCACAUUUGAAGAAGGUUCAAAAACCAUUACUUCAAGCUCCAUUCCUACCUCCCAAGGCACCUCCUCCAGUUAUCAAAAUCCCAGAGUGUCCUGUACCCAGUACAAAUGAAGCUGGAUAUUUAUUGGACAAUCCUUUGUGUGCAGAUGUCAUGUUUGUUCUCCAGGAGCAGAAUCACAUUUUUGCUCACAAGAUUUACCUAGCUACCUCCUCUUCAAAGUUUUAUGACCUUUUUUUAAUGGAAUGUGAGGAAUCUUCAGACUUAACUGAAAUGCAGUAUAAUAAGGAACACAUCAGUAGGGAUUUUCUGUCUAGAAGAAACGAUGACAGUGAUGAGGCAACCUUAAAAAUGACUGAUGCCAAACUUCCAACAUCAGAAAGUGAUGGCACUUUAAAGACGCUGGAAUUGAAAGCUGAAGACACUAGUUCUGCAGCAAAAGCUUUGUCAUCAUGGGGUAAAGGGUUUGUUAGUAUGCAUAAAGAAGUGCAAGUCAAUCCUAUCUCAAAUAGGAUGUGUCCUGUAACUGUGGUCAAAAUGGAUUUCUCUGUUCAGGCUGGGCCUUUUAAAACAGUUUUACAAUUUCUGUACACUGGGCAACUGAAUGAAAAUGAAAAAGAUCUAACAAAAAUAGCUCAGAUUGCUGAAAUCUUAGAAGUAUUUGAUUUACGGAUGAUGGUGGAAAAUAUUAUGAAUAAAGAAGCCUUCAUGAAUCAAGAGAUUACUAAAGCAUUUCAUGUCAGGAAGGCUAAUCGAAUAAAAGAGUGCCUUUGCAAAGGGACAUUUUCUGAUGUGACUUUUAAGCUGGAUGAUGGAAGCAUAAAUGCCCAUAAGCCUCUACUGAUCUGUAGCUGUGAAUGGAUGUCCGCUAUGUUUGGAGGAUCAUUUGUUGAAAGUUCAAACAGUGAGGUUGUUCUUCCUACCAUAAACAAGACUUCUAUGCAGGCUGUCCUGGAUUAUCUGUAUACCAAGCAGUUAUCAUCAAGUCAGGAGUUGGACACACUUGAAUUAAUUGCAUUGGCAAACAGAUUUUGCCUUCCUCACUUGGUUGCACUUGCAGAACAGCAUGCUGUGCAGGAGCUGACAGAAGCAUCAAUGAGUGGCAUUGCAAUAGAUGGCGAUGUACUCUCCUAUUUGGAAUUUGCACAGUUCCACAAUGCUAAUCAGCUGGCUGCGUGGUGUUUAUACUACAUCUGCACCAAUUACAACAGUGUUUGCUCCAAAUUCCGUAAGGAAAUAAAAGCUAAAUCCGCAGAUAAUCAGGAAUAUUUUGAAAGACACCGCUGGCCACCUGUGUGGUACCUAAAAGAAGAAGAUCACUACCAGCGAGUUAAAAAGGAAAGAGAAAAGGAAGAUACUGCACAGAAUAAACAUCAUUCAAAACGGAAGUGGUGCUUCUGGAAUUCCUCUGCUGUAGUUGCCUGAACAAAGAAAAUACGUGGAAACACUUAAAGUGUAAUUAUAACACUACUCUAAUAUUAGUCUUAUUGUUAGAAAUAAGAUAUAGUUCAGGUUUCAGGCACUGACUUCAUUCCACGUGUGUGCAUUUAUUAUUGUUAGGAUCAAAAGCACAAGCUUACCUAAAGUGAGCCUGGAACAGCUCCUUAAAGGCAUAUGCAUAUUUUUGGUUAAUAAGCAAAAUAAGCAUCUACCAUUAUUUCGUUUCUUUUUAUACAAAAGCAAAUCCAGCAUUCAUGUUUCAAAUUCCAAAUUGGGAAAUAUUUUUAUACUGUCUUGUGUAUUUUGUUUAAAUAAAAAUUCUGGGUAUUGCUUUAUUUUACAGACCACAAAAUAACCAUAUAGUGCUUUAUACUUAGAUUUUAACUAUUUUUCCUAUUUGAUUAGAUAGAAUCCAAAUAGACAAUCCUCAGUCUUUAGUGACUGUUUUUAAAGUAUCCAGUAAAAAUGUUCACCUUCAUUUGAAAACCAGAUUUUACUACGCAACUAGUUUUUGUUCCUUAAGUACCAUACACUCAUAAUACAAUUAGAUGGUUAUUUCUUCUUUCUAAAGUAAAGGAGUGUUUAAUCUUUUUUUCAGCUGAAUAAUAGACAGUAUAAUUACCUGUUCAGCUGCAAGAACAUGUAUUUCUAAUAUAUGCCAUGUAAGUGCAAAUAAUUAUGGUUGCAUGGACCAUGUGAAAUCUAGUGAUUCUAAGUAUUCAGAGAUUUAAAAUGUCUAGAUUCAAGAGGAUCAUUUAAAAAUAAUUAGAAGGGCUUAUUAUUUUAUAUCUUUAUCCAGGGUAAACUCAGUACAGACACAAAUACAAGGAGAAAUUCUAUAUAGUAUUUGCAUUACUGCAGUACAGUUGACUUUUGGGAGGUUUUUUCUUUCUCCUUUUGAGAGCCUGGGUCUGCAGUCAUUCCUCAUGCAGAAUUCCUUUUGGCUUCUUGGAGAGUUAUAUUAAUGAAAAGGCAGCAAAACCAGGGAGGUACUUUCUUCUGUUGUAGUAUCAGUAUAUUGUAAAUGAAGAAUGAUCUUUCCCAUACAAGUUAGUUUAGAUUUGGUUAUAAUUAUUUUGCAGCUCUUUCCAAGUGGAACUCCAAAAUUAGAUUCUGUAUUUUAAAGUAGAUUAUGCAUUCCUGUUGCAGUAGAUAUUCCAGGAAAACACAAAGCUGAAGGUACAGUGAAUAAAAAACCCCCCAAAAAUCCUGCAUUCAUUGGAGGAAAAAAAAGCCUUCAGCAUGUUCAAAUAUCCUUUUCAUUUAUGAUUGUCUAAAGACCAACUGUUGCUUUGUACUUGCAGUGUUACACUAGAAAAUACAAGUAUGUGAGAGCUUUU